GUCCAAAGAAACAUGGAUCGCAAAAUCCGAGAGAUUGCUGUUUUGCAGAAACGAAAGAGAAAACAUGAAAGAAAGAUUAAGAAAAGAAAAGAAACAGAAAUUUUAGAGAGAAAAGGGAUUGAAAUUCUUUCACGAUUUUAUUGAGAAAUUCUUUGAAAAAUGGUGCAUCAUUUGGUUGAAAGAGCAACAAGUGAUAAAUUAAUUGGUCCUGAUUGGGCAAUGAAUGUUGAAAUUUGUGAUUUGAUGAAUCGUGAUGCUACGCAAACCAAGGAUAUUGUUAGAGGCAUUAAGAAGCGGCUUAAAAGCAAAAAUCCAAAAGUCAAAGUUCUUGCUCUUACGCUUCUGGAUACAGUUCUAAAGAACUGCGGAAAUUUUGUGCAUAUGCAUAUUGUGGACAAAGAAAUUCAUCUUGUGUUGGUGAAACUAGGAACAAAAAAGUACAAUGAGGCUGUCUCAGAUAAGCUAGACUCCGUACUUGAAACAUGGAAAGAAGUUAUCGGUAGUGCUAGGCGCAGACAUCCACAAAUUUAUGAUGCACAGUGCGAUACUGCGCGUGGAGGUGGACCUGUAUUUGCCAAGAGCUCUGACAUGCCCUUACCCAUGUAUACUACUACUACUCGAAUGCAUCCUUCUACGUCAGAUACACAAAAUCAUGGAACUGACUCUUCAUCUGAUUCUGAAUUUCCAACCUUGAGCCUGACAGAUAUUCAAAAUGUGAGCGCGCUCAUAGAUAUCCUGUCAGACAUGCUAAGUGCUUUAGAUCCUGCAGAUAAAGAGGGGCUCAAACAGGAUGUGGUUGUUGAUCUAGUUGCACAGAGUCGUUCCUACAAGCAGAGAUUGGUACACCUUAUCAACACAGCUUCGGAUGAAGAGCUUAUUCGUCGGGGACUAUCACUGAACGAUGACUUACAUCAAAUACUUGCGAAGUAUCAAAGCAUGGUUUCGGGAACGGCUGUACAAACGGAGAAGCCUGACCCAGAUGCACCACUAAUGGAUAUCAAGGAUCUUAUUGUUACAACGGAAGAUGUGGGGUCGAGUGCAAGUACUAGUGCAGCAAAUCAACCUCCACCAGGUCCCAUCAUGGACCUUCUCAGUUUUGAAGAUCCCGGCUCUUCUAACACAGGCGAAGAACCAACAAAGGAGAACUCACUAGCAAUUGUUCCUGUGAAUGAUAAUGAACAACAGCAGCCAAACGGCGUUGCAGUAUCUGAGCCGAAUAAUGCUCUUGUUCUUGCAGGAUUGUUUCCUCAGACAGCACCAGAUCCUUAUAAUUCCCAUCUAAACUAUCCGGCUGGACAAAUGUCACCGCACUCGUCGAUGCUACAGUCUCAGAAUCAGCAACAAAUGUUUUACAUAAACGGAAAUGGAAAUUCUCCACGAAAUUACAAUGAGCAGCCGCAACCUCAUUACGGCGGAAGUUAUGAAAGCAGUGGUUCCCUACCACGACCACCUUGGGAAACUGACGACAACAGCGAGCUGGUGGGAAAUCAUCAACAGCCUCAGCAGCUACAAGUCACUCAAUUGGUGGUCACACACACACAACAAAUGCCUGGUGCAACUCAUUCCUAUCAAAUGGGAAAUGGUAACAUGGUUGGGAUGCACAUUCAACCAAUAACGGAUUGCCAGAUGACAAACAUCAAUUAUCAGACAAUGCAGAACAACCAACUUGUUGGUAUUCCUUAUUCAACCCAAGGAGGCCAAAUGAUGGUCAUGCUCCCCCAUCAAGUACAUGCUAGUCAGAUGAAUCCACAGAUGAUGCAACAGAACAACCAGCAGUUCCAAGGUGGUUAUGGAUAUGAUCAUAGUCAAGGGGUUCAGUUUAUCAACCAGGGUAUGCAUGGUCUCUCCAUGAGAGACGACAGCUCUACAAGAGACUACGCUUCAUACGUGCCACCGAUGAGGAAGCCAAAUUCAGGGGAUAAUAAGCUGUUUGGUGACCUUGUAGACAUGGCAAAGGUGAAGCAAAAGCCUCCUCCUGUCCAUGAUACAGGUGCAAGUGCAUGAGCUCACAGUUUUCGCCAUCUUAAUCUAUCUCUAUACACAUUAUCUGUCAUUAGUACUACCUAUCCGGUAAAAAGGAGAAAUGUAUGUAUAAAGUUAAACAUAAAAACGAAAAUUCAACAUUUGACGAUGAUGAAAUAUAAUGCUAACAAAUAGUUACAGAA